AUGGCGAUGCAUUUUGGUCUAAUACCGCCUCAAACAUUGGAUCUAAACAGUGGAAAUGUAUCGGCAAACUGGAAAAAAUUCAAGCAGAGGUAUCUCAACUACGAAAUAGCAACUGGCAUCAGCGGCAAAGAGGAUGCAACUCGAGUCGCAACAUUGCUAACCGUCAUAGGAAACGAAGCAUUGGAUGUCUACGACACGUUCGUGUUGGCUACAGUUGGAGAUGGUAAGAAGAUAGCUAAAGUUCUUGAAAAAUUCGAUGAACAUUGCGAGCCAAGAAAAAACGUAACUUAUGAAAGAUACAUAUUUUUCACCAGAGCACAAGAAACCAGUGAAACCAUUGAUCAGUAUGUCACCACAUUAAAGAGGCUUAGUGAGACCUGUGAAUUUGGGACAUUAAGAGACACUCUCAUCAAGGACAGAAUAGUCCUUGGAGUGAAAAAUCAGAAAAUUCGUGAAAGACUUCUUCGAGAGCCAGACCUAACCCUUGACAAAGCACUUGAUUUGGUUGAGCUGCAGAACGAAGAAAUCCAAUCGACCAGAGAAACCUUUAACGUCUGAGGUGUUCAACUGUCGUAACUGUGGAACUAAACACAAAAGGAAAGAAUGUCCUGCAUAUGGGAAAACGUGUCAUCGCUGUCAUAAAUCGAAUAAUUUCAAAGCUAUGUGCAGAUCUAAAAAGAAUGUCAAUGCUGAAGACCGACAAGAAGAUUCAUACCUUGAAGAAACACUGUUUGUAGGAGCAGUGACGUCAGAAGUACAAAAUGAUGAAUGGUAUGUUUCUACGAAAAUCGAGAAGCAGAACACGAAACUCAAGCCUCAAGGUGGACACUGGUUCGCAGGUGAACAUUCUCAAUCUUAAUCAAUUCAAGAAGAUUAAGCCCCAAUCAAGUCUCAAAGAAUCAACUCAUAAACUAAUCAGUUACACUGGAACCAAUCUUGCUGUGUUAGGAACAUUAGAACUAUGUGUAGAAUCAGAGACAAAUCAAUCUAGAAACUUAACUUUCUAUGUGGUAGACACAAAUCAACCAGGUCUUUUGGGACUCAGAGCAGCUCAGGAACUCGGGUUGAUAAAAAUCGUGGGAAAUACCAGAGUAGACUCAACGGCCAAGAAACCACCAACACAUCUCAAAGAAGAAGUAAUCAAGAAACAUCAGAAAAUCUUCACUGGUUUGGGUCGUUUAGAGAGAGAAUACCACAUCGAAGUUGAUCCAACAGCGACACCGGUCAUUAAUCCUUCUAGAACUAUUCCAGCUGUUCUUCGCAGUAGAGUGAAAGAGUAA